CUAUAAUAUCUUACAUCGUUUUACUUCUAUCUAGUAAAUGCUUCUUGAUUUAAGAAUUUUUUGAUAUUUGGAUUGGAAACAAGACAAAAAUACUAAGUAAGAAAAACGGGUUUUUUUGCAGUGUGAUAUGCAAGAUAAUGACAGCAAGUGUGCUGCUGGUGCAUGGAAAUAUAUGACGUAACUCACAGUAAGGUAAAUCCACAUCCAUGAAACGGUUGCGCUCUGACGCAAUUGCCCUUUUUAGGAGACAUUCGUUAGAUAAUUAUAAUAAGCUACUAGGCCAGCAGCAAAUGCCUGUUGCUCUAUUGAUUAAAUUAAAAGAAAAGUGCAUGGGCGUGCAUGAACUGGAAAUUAAACACCGGGACUAAUAAAGCUCAACCACGGUAAAUCCUUGAAUACUACUGCAAAUAGCUGUGGCGUUUCUGUUUCAUGCAUCAGCAAAUGGGGGAAAAUACCAUUUAAUUUAUAGAUAUUUGGAAUGGAGCUAUCUGAUCUCGCAUUUGAACGAAACUGCAUCUCUGGAGGCGAAAUCUCCAAUUCCAUCAGCCAGAUCGAAAUGCAGAUAUCCAAAAGCCCUUUAAUCGACGCCACUGUCAAUGCAGUCACAUCAAGGCAAGAGCUGCGGUGGAUAAUCGAGCCAGUGAUGCCCAGUGAGAGCUUGGACCAGACCAGCGAACCAACAGCAACCGAGAAAAGAAGAAAUUUACAGCUCAGUCCAGAUGAAGAGGAGAAGAGAAGACGGAGAAGAGAGCGUAACAAGAUGGCUGCUGCCAAAUGCCGCAACCGUAUAAGAGAACUUAUUGACCUUCUGCAGGAGGAGACAGAGCGCCUGCACAUGGAGCAGAUCGUGCUGCAGAAGCAGGUGAGCUGCCUGCAACAGGAGAAGGAACAGCUGAAAAUGCUGCUGGCAUCCCAUGCAUCCAUCUGCACACUGGCACAGGAAAAGCCUCAUUCUUUGGACACCCUUCUGUCACAAGAGCUUCUACCAUCCAGAUUUUCCAUCACAAUAAAACAGGAACCUCUGGAUGAUGUUAGUGGGUUGGAAAGUUUGGCGCUCCACCAUGCAGUGGAACUGACAGAGAAAGGCCAUGACUUACACUAAAUUCACUGAAGAAGAUGAUGCACUAGCUCUUUAUAAUUCAAUAUCUCUGUAAAUACCUCAUUACCCUAACCUUACGCAAGAGACAUUCUGCAUUCAUCAUCCAACUUUUCCUGUGGUAAGAAACCCAUUCCAGAUGGGAGUGUAAUCACUUCUGGUGCUCUGGCUUUCUGGUGCCACUUCUUGUGCUCUGGUGUCAUCUUUUCCUUGUUUGUUGAGUGACACAAUAAGUAGCAUUUGUCUUUGACAUAGUGAUGUUUUGUAACAACGGCUGUUAAUGUUUGGUAUUUUUAAAUGUGGUAAAUCUGACUUUAAAUGCACUGACCUUAUACGUUUAUAUGAUUUCUCAUAUACACAAGGGCUCGACAAUAAGAACAUCCCGAUGUUGAACAUAUUGAACAUUGUUGCGAAUUGUGCUGACUGAGGUAUGAGGUAACUUUAUCUAGCUGGCUCUGAAGUUAAUGAUUUGUAAUAGUUAGGAAGAGUCAGUUAGAAUGGUUUGAAAAUUAUAAACCAAAACAAUGACGUUUAACAUCACAUCAUAUCAUUUUCUGACCAACUGUCAUUAUAGCUUUUUUUUCAUGUUCAACAAAACAUGUUUAAACUUGUUUUAAGAAUAAAGUGAACUAAAAUAAUUAUAUCACAGAAAUGUAUCAUUUCACUUUUGUGUAUGCUAUACUGUAAAUGGUUAUCAGCAAAUAUUUUAAUAAUAAAUAAAUUUUGAACAGAAAGCACAAUAACUGUUGAUUUAAUUUUCAGAUUAACUUCAUAAGAAUACAAAAGCAUUCCAAAUUACAAUUUAUUUUAAUACAUAAAAAUAUUAAUGCAAUUCACUUUUUCAUUGUUUUCAUCUUGAAAAUAUUUGAUAUUUGAGGACAAGUCGAAGGAUUAAUUUACCCAAAAUGAAAAUUCUGUCAUAAUUUACUCACUCUACAUGAUUCAAUAAAUAUUUUUUGAAG